UUUUCCUGGAUUGUUCCAGGAAAAUUUCUUUAUUUUCUUCUUCAACUCCUUGUUAAGCAAUGAUGGCAAAGACCCGGGAAUCUAGUUGAUGGGAAACAGGUGGGUUUCUCACUGAAAACAAUUGAAAAAAAAAAUCCUUCCAUUCUGUCAAAGUUUGCUCUUUUUCUUUUUAACUGAUUUUGGCAGGCUUAUACACGUAUAAAAGCUUAUGCUGUUGGGUAUUCCCUGAUAGUUUAUAAUGGAUCAUUUUCCAUUGAAAAGAUCUUCCAUGAAGGAUUUGUAGAAUCUGGUGUUCUGCGGUCUGGGUUUAGGGUUCAUCCAAGUAUUUCAGCCUUUUGUUGUUGUAAUGGAUGAGAAGAGAAUCUCUGGUUCAUAUCUAAUCAUCUCUGAAGACAAAAGUGACGGCUUGUACCCAAUGUAUUUUGGUGUUUCUUGUGCCUUUUUUGCUCUCAGAUUCCUCAUUGGAUCCGAAAAGGGUGAUGAGAAAUGGUGUGAAUUUCGUGAAAAAAUGGUUCAAGGAAGUGCUCACCUUUUGGGGUUGCUGGUAUUAUGGAGAACCCAAAGAGAAGAAGAAGCCAAUGUGGCAAAGGCCCAACUUCUGCAAAAGCUUCAGAUCGUCGAGAAAGAGAUUGAGGAGUUGAGGCAGAUGAGGCAUGAAGAUGCAAAAGCAAAUGAAAAGGUUGUCAGCAUCUUUGCAUCACAGGAGCAAGGAUGGUUGAUUGAAAGGAAGAAGCUUAGGUUGCAGAUUGGAGCUCUUAUGAAUGAACUGAGUGUCCUGGGAAAAAAGAAAGAGGAAGAAAUUGCAGGCUUGAAUCACAAAUUGAACGAAACCGAGUUAUCCGUGGAGUCGAAGAACAAGAUGAUUGAAGAAAUGGAGUUGAAAGUGAAGGAGUUAGAAGAGAAUGCAAUCAAGUUUGAAAGUGUGGCUCAAGAGUUGAGGGAAUCAUCAAAGCGUGAAGCUCAGGAGCAUUCCACUGAGCUUUGGAAACACAAAACUGCCUUUAUUGAGAUUGUUUCGAAUCAGAGGCAACUUGAAGCAGAGAUGGGGCGAGCCUUUAGGCAAGUUGAAGCUACAAAAAUGGAGCUUGAUGCAGUGGUAGAACAGAAAGAGGAAUCAAUUAUGUUGGCACAAAAACUGUCCAUGGAAAUCACAAAAAUGCGCAAGGAUUUGGAGCAGAAAGAUAAGAUCUUGUCUGCAAUGUUAAGGAAAUCAAAGUUAGAUACAGCAGAGAAGCAAUUGCUUUUGAAAGAGGUUAAAGUAUCAAAGGCAAAGAAGAAGCAAGCUGAACUGGAAACAGAAAGGUGGAAAGCCGUCUCCGAGACGAGACACGAGAGACAUUCAUUGAAGGGUAUGUUCCGUAACCAAGCUCAAGCCAUAGCAAAAUUGGAUGUACCGGAACUUAAAACCGACCCGGAAGUCUUUUAUCCUCUCACAGAUUGUCAAUCUCCAGAAGGGACUGAGGAUUUUGUGGUGACAGCUGAUGUUAAAAGGCUUGAAUGUUGGGUUCGAGCAGAGGCCGAAAAGUAUGCAAAUUUGAUUGAGAAAAGGCAUCAUUUGGAGCUGGAUGCAUUUGCAGAACAAAUGAGACUGAAAGACGAGAAGCUAGAGGGAUUUCGAUGGCGGCUGCUGAGCAUGGAACUAGAAUCCGAGCGGUUGCAGUCCCAUGUUGAAACACUGAACCAGGAUGUGUCUCAGCUCAGACAAUACAACAUGAAAUUGGAGGCCUUGCCGUUGGAGAGAGAAGAAGAAUUACAUUCCUUGAAGGAUCAGUUUGCAUCACAAUUGAAGCCUCCGAGUUGUCAAAAGGGUGACAUAUUAAAUUUAUCUCUGCAUGAUCCAGCUUUAACACAUGAUUCCUUUUGGCCCAAAGUCAAGAUUAUAAAGAAAAAACCAACCGAAAAGGAGCAAGAAUCGAAAACAACCUUGCUAGAUAAAGAAGAGGUAAUCCCAUCUUGCAGUGAGUCCAAAAGCAUAGGAUUGAUUGUUCAAUCACCUGAAAAGGAGUUUGAAGAAGAAACUAAUGGUUCAUUAGUGGUCGAGUCCGGAGAUAAAUCAGUAUCAGUUGCACAUUCAGAGUGUGCUAAAACAAAAAACAACACAUGGAGGAUGGAUCUUCAAGCACUUGGAGUUUCUUACAAGAUCAAAAGGUUGAAACAGCAACUUCUCAUGCUUGAGAGGUUAAAUGGAAAGCAAGAAAGUGGAGAUGGCAUGGACGGGGGUGACAAUGGGAUGAAAGCCUUUCUAAUGUUGCUAUCUUUGCUUAACAAACAAGUGAGCCGCUACCAGUCGCUUCAAGGGAAGACCGACGAUCUCUGUAAGCGGAUGCACGAAAACAAUAUGGACUCGAGUCAAGGAGAUUGCAGCAGUGGCAAGAGCAAAGGGGAAACCAGAACACUGGAACGUUUCCUAGAGGAGACAUUCCAUUUGCAGAGAUACAUGGUUGCAACGGGUCAAAAGUUGAUGGAAAUUCAAACCAAAAUAAGCUCUGGGUUUACAGGGGUGGAGGUAGAGAAUACGGGCAGUUUCGACAUGAAGCGGUUCUCUGAUAACAUAAAAUCUUUGUUUCAGGAAGUUCAAAGGGGUCUUGAGGUUCGAAUAGCUAGAAUCAUUGGAGAUCUUGAAGGGACAUUGGCUUGUGAGGGAAUGACACAUUUUGUAAGGUUGUAAUAAUAUUAGCAAGGUGAAAGCUCAAAUAAGAAUUGCUAUACCAUUUGGUCUGUUUGUUGAAUAUCCAUAAUCCAAUUUGUAUAUAGGACUUAAUACAACAAUUUACUGCA